CAGAGUCUCACAGACAUGUAGCUCAUGUUGUGGGGACCUUCCCUUCUUACACAUGUGCCUCUUCUUUUUUUUCAGCGCCGGGGAACAUUUCAGUGAAAGUGACUGACAUCCAGGACAGGAGAGCCCGCGUCAGCUGGACCUCUGUCCCACGAAGCCACUGUUGUGGGUUUGUCCAGAACUACACCGUGUUCUGCAAGUCCAAGACUGGGCCCGAGUUUGGUGUCACCGUGAACAGCAGUGUCGAGGAAGUCGUUUUGGAGGACCUGGACCCAAGCAAGAACUACAAAGUUCAUGUCAUGGCCAGCUCAGCUGGUGGCACCACCAACAGCACCCUCAACAUCUUCACCACGCACAGAUACGGAACCACCUUCCUCAAGAUGCUUGGUGUUUUAGGAGGAUUUGGACUGAUAUUGGUCAUAGCAGUUUGUCUGUGUUGCGUUGUCCUGAUGAAUAAGUACUUCACGAAUGUGCCCAGUCCAAAGUUCAGCACUCUGGUUCUGUGGUUCAAUGAGCCUCUCAAGGACGAGAUGCAGCGCAGCAUCUGUACACCCUCUGCUGAGAGCUACUUCCACAAACUGGAGAUCCAUCCAUACAGCUUUGAUUCCACGAUUAUGGACAUCAGUCCCUCACCUCCGGAGACCCCUGCUGGCCAGAAUGAGCAGCCGCACCCUGUCUUUGAACACAUGAAAGCCGGCCUCGUCGCCCCAGUGAGAGCCAGCAUGGUGCCCUCCAUGUUUGUCGGUCCAUCCCAGGCCUGUGCGGCCUCUGCUGAGAGUGACGACCGAAAGACUGCCGGCAACACACCAGCCAGCCAGGAACCAAGGGACUGUAAUUCCACUAGACCCUGUUGGGGAAACUUUUUAGGGAAAAAUGGAUAUGUUGGAGAAGAAUCACUGCCUACUAAGGAGACACAACCAUUUCUGGAACCACCUAAAAAUACACCACAGGCCUAUGUCACAUUGGAUUUAUUUGGGCAGUCGGCCAAUGGAUGAAUAUAAUUAUUAUUAACACGUAAAGACACAGACAGCAAGUGCAUACGCAGGUGCACAUUGCUUUGACAACUAGUAUACGUUCCAUGUAAUUUUGUCAUAUAUGGUAAAUACACUGUUAAUAUAGUUGCUUAGUGUAGGACAGUAUUACUGUACUGUUAGAUGGGUCAAUCACAGUGGUUUAUGAGUCUGUUCAGGAGUAAAGCAGCAGCUCGUCUUGGGGUUGAAUAAGUGACCCCUUGGGCAGAAUCUGCAUGAUCUACCUUCAAGUAUGGAGGAGAAAUCCAUCCAUCUUUCAUAACUGCUUUUCUAGUGCAGGAUCCUGGUUAGGGUUGGGAGAGAAGGUAGGGGACACGCUCCUCCACAGCUGGGCACGUGGUCUUGCACCAUGGGGAGUUUGGAGGUAGAUUCUCUGACUCCUGUGGGCCAUGGGAGGAACCUGUGGGAACUCAAAGGAUCUUGGUGAAAGAGAGAGGGAAAACACAAACUCAGGGGAGGAAUAAAUAAAAUAUAUUAAAUAAAAACACUGUAUCUAUAUCUGUGUUCAUAAUCUGUCAAAAAGCCCUGAAAAUGUGCAGAAGCCUUGCAGUUCAGAACAGAAGACAAAUGGGCAAAUAUGUAGCAGUUUGGCUUCAUAUGAUUUACAUUUAUCACAAAUGGGAGAUUUGUCUGGGAAAAUACUGCAGCAUCGUCUUGGUGCAGCCUUGGUGCUUGUUUUGUUUCUUCCAUAGGUGUCUGUGUUAAUCGUAAGGUGGAAUACAGAUUAGAUAAAAUAUUGUAUUAGCUACCUAUAUGAUAUAUGGCUAAUUUUAAACAUAUUUAUUGUGCUUAUUUCAGUAGCUUCAGUGUGAACAUGUAAUAUUAAAAUGUCAUGAUCUAUCCAUUUUCUGGAUACAUGUUCACGGUGCAAGUUUUAUUUUCAACUUUUCAUUAAGCUUUAUUCAGGAGAUCAAGCAGCUAUACUGUUAUACAAUUACCCAUUUUAGCAUAUAAACGUAUAAAAGCACUCUGCAGUACAUUUUCAAACGAUACAUUCAGUGCAGAUUAGUGUUUCACAAGUUCCGUUUGUCCCUGCUCAAGCUGAGACAGGUUUAGAAAGUGAAAUUCACAUUUAAGCCUUAAUCUACCAGUAAAUAUCCAUCCUGUCUUUUUUUUUUGUGUGUGUGUGUGUGUGUCUUUUUUCAUGACUUUGACCAAGGUUCCCUGCCUUACUGACAUUUUGUGAAAGUGAAACAGGAACUCCAGCUAUGACUUUCUGCUUUGAGAACUUGCAUUGGACUAUGCUGUGUUCUGUGGGAAAAAAAUGCUAUUAUUGUACGCAUGUAUACAGGAAUGUAGUCCUUGUAGGAGUCAGUUUGAAGACAUGCUACGUCUGGUAUAAAAAUGGCCACCCUGUAAGUUGGAGUGAUUCUCAUCUGUCCAUGUUUGUGACCUUUAUUCUGUCGUAUUAAAUGUUGAUGGUCUUUCCA